AUGUCCUCAAGUGGCUUUUCGAUCACGCCUGAUCUUCAUGACGUCAUGGAAUGUCCAAUAUGUUGCCUGCGAUUCGAAAGACCACUCCAACUAAGCUGUGGACAUUCGUUCUGUAGUAGUUGUGUGGAUAGAUUGGUUGCCGAUGCUCGAGCUGGUGGAAACAGGAACGAUAAUUUCCUCAAUAUGAUCCCGCCAGAGCCGGUGCCUAUUAGAGCGAACGUAAAUCGUGGAAUGGAUCAGCCGAAUGUUAAUCGUAUGGGAGGAGAGAUAUGGAUGCAUAUUGCUCAUAUGGCACAUCCUCCUAUUCCCGGACUAGGAGGUUUUGCACAUCCCCAAUAUCUAGUUCGCAAUAUUGUUCCACACGAUGAGCAACCGUUCAUCCAUCGUCGAAUGAAUUUAAUGGGAGGUGGUGACCAUAUUAUUAAGUGUCCAGAGUGUCGUCAGCCCACCAGAGUGCCACCAGAAGGACUUCCAGUUAACUUUCGUUUGCAGGAGGUCUUGGAUCGUAUGGCUGACAGCAGUGCCGCCGCCAAUUCACUUGAUUCUCGAGACGCCGCUUCAAAUGAAGCGGACACGGACGGUCACCCUAGAUGUUUGGUUUGCAAUGACGUGAUGCACAAAGGGAUAUACCUUGUUUGUUUGACAUGUGUUGGCGAAAACGUGAGUACGCAGACCGUUAUGGAAGCAUUUGGAAGGGUUGCCGAUGGUAUGCAGUUCGAGCUGCUUUCUCGUACUGAGCAGCUAGAUAGCAAGGUUAGAAUGGUCCAGGAAUUGUGCAACAAAUUACAGCAGUUGCCUGGUGUUAUAAAAAACGUAACCGAUGAGUUCCAUAACAGGAUUGUCACUGUCAUGGACGAAUUUAUUCGUAAUGCUCUGGGACAGGACGACAUUCGCAGAGAUUCGAAUCUUGGAAACUCAUUGAAUGGUAGUGAUCCUGACGCAUCUAUGGAAUCUUCCCCUGUAAAUCAUCAAUCUAAGCAGAUGGAAAGUUGGAAUAUUUCGAGAAACUGGCCCACCCAUGAGAAUAAGUCCCGACAUUUGCGAACGAUGCAGAGACCUGACAUUCUCCGUAAACGUCCCUACGUGACACGAGCUAGAGCUAAGCAGGAAGGAUACAAUGCUAACCAUUCGGAUCUAGAAGCUGAUCGCCAGCGCCGCGAGAUGGAAAACAGAGGAAAUGAAGAUGUUGAAUUCAUUGCGGAAACGCCAGCUGCUCUAAGAGAGAACAUUGGAGAUGAAAGUAUUGAGAUCCUUUCGGAAGCAUCGUCUGCCGCGGAUGAAAACAAGAAAAAUGAAAAUGUUGAAUUUAUUUCGGAAAUGCCGAACAUGCAGAGGCGUGGUAGGGGAUCAGGGGCAACUGUCGAACGUAGCACCGGAAACAAGGCUGUUGAAAAUGGUGGAUAUCCUCCUGUAGCUGAAUCCUCAUCGCAUCGUGAGCGUGUUAUGAAAAGGAAGUACGGUGCAAUAAUCACGGUAGAUGCAGGACUCGAUAUAAUUCAAUACCGUCGUCCUUUUAGCGAUCCCGGUCCUUCGUCGUUUUCUGCAACGCAUGGCAAUGGCAAUAUGGAUUAUGAGAGUGCUGACCACAUUCCAAACGACACAGGUGAAUCCGGAAGUGACUAG